AUGUGCAUUUAUAUGAAAGAUUACUGCCAAGAUGCACUGGCGGAAGCGGUUAAAUAUGACCGGGUCGAAGUGGUAAAGGUCCUCGUCGAAAAUGGAGCAGAUCUAGAAUAUGUCUAUGGAGAUGGCAGAAGACCGCUGCACAUUGCGGCAAAAAGUAACAGCGGGCAAAUGAUCAAAUUCCUAUUUGGUUGUGGUGUUAGCUUUUACGCCCUCGAUCAAUCGAACACUUCCGCGUUGCAUAUAGCAGCCAUGAAAGGGAAAGAGAACGCUGUGCGGGCCUUACUCGAUUGUGGAUUCAAUCCUAAUUUCUUUGACUAUGAGGGUGAUGCGCCUAUUCAUCGUGUAGCCAAAGCUUACAGGCGUACAAGCCCCAACUUCUUGGAAGGCCAAUUGGCAGUGACCCGUGCUUUACUAGAAUACGGGGCAAACCCGUACUUGAAGAACCGGUAUGGUUUCAUGCCAUUAUGGAUUGCAGCAUUCCUGAACCGCACUAUCUUUCUUGAGAUAUUACUGAAAUAUGGCGUGAACUCCCAUGGCCUAGACGCAAAUGGCCAUAUGCAAGAGCCGAUGCCGAUUGGAGAUUUCCGUGUGAUGGUACGUGACACGUUGUCAGACUAUACCUCGCAUUACCCUCAGGUGGGCCAUGAUGGCCACCUCAACUGCUGCACGCCGCUCUGCAUUGCUGCAUUCCUCGGCUGCGAGGGAGCCGUCAAGCUCUUACUGGAACAUGGAGCGAAUCCAAACGGCAUAGACCCGAAUGGUGAGAUGCCACUCCAUCUAGCAGUUAGGGACAAGAACUGCGCAGUUGCUGAGCGUCUUAUCAAAAAUGGCGCCUGUCUGGAGUCUCGGGAUUGUCAUGGCCGGACUCCCAUUGACUGGGCCUUGAGUUUCGGUGGUCAAGAAAUGAUACAGCUUUUGCGCGAUAAAGGUGCCAGUGCUCGCUCCAUAGACUGGAGAGGUAUUGAUCCAAUUUUUCGCGCCCUGGACUAUGGGCAUACGGCAGAUUGGUCAGCUGUAAGAAGAGGACUUUUACCACCGCACAUCGUUGACUGGGCGGACGACUACACAAUUUGCCAUCAACAAAGGUGGCCUUACUAUCGGUAUCCUGGGGACUGGGAUGGAGGUGAGCCUCACGAGUGUGAAAGCGUGGUGGAAUGGCUCCUUGAAGAAGGAUCGAAGGUGGAUUCUCGAGACUCGCUUGGACGGACCUUGUUGCACCAAGCAGCAUUUCAAAACUGUGAGGGAACAAUCAAACUCCUUCUAAAGAGAGGAGCUGAUCCCAUGGCGAAAGAUAUAUUUGGUCAAACUCCACUUCACAUGGCAUGUGCUCCUUUCAUUGACUUGGCCGAAGACGCGUUUGAGAUCCUGCUUGCAGCCGGCUCUGAUCCUAAUUCAAGAGACAUCAACGGUGAAACCCCAUUACACCAGGCUGCACGAGCCGGCUUUUACUGGGCGCCCCAUCUUCUGAAGGCGGAUGGCCGAGUUAAUUAUAUGGCAAAGGAUAAUAAUGGCAAUACCGCGUUGCACUUAGCAGUGAUGAGUGGACGUGGGGAGGAGGGCGAUCUAAUGAUCAAGGCGUUGCGUAGAGCCGGUGUGGAUUGCAGCAUGGUGAACAACAAUGGUCAAACUGCUAUGGAUCUAACGCGGGACUGGAGCGAGGAAUCAACCAUUAUUGCUUUAUCUUGUGAGUUAUCUGAAGAAUCAGAUGAAUAUGAAUACGAAGACCCAGACCUAGAGAUGUUGUGA